AUGAGCGGGUCAGAUAAGAAGGACAGCCACGGUGGCUCGACGCACAGUUCAGUGCCUAACGCGAAGAAUGCGUCUAUUCUGGUCGGCAUUCGCGAUGGUGUCACUGGAGACUUUAAUCUAGUUCCUCGACCAGAAGCAGUUGUCUCAGUCUUUGACUCAAACUUCCUUAUCGGCGAUGGCAUUUGGGAGGGCAUACGCGCCAACAAAGGCCGCCUGCAAUUCGCACGAGAACACAUAAACCGCCUCUUCCAAUCAGCAAAGGCAAUGCUCAUGGAUCUAGGUCUCUCAAAAGGUGACCUUCUCGACUUGAUCCACCAAACUCUUGACGCAAAUGAUAUGGACCAAGAUGAACACGUACAUAUCCGUCUCGUCGUUAGUCGCGGUCUUAAAUCAACGCCUUACCAAAAUCCCAGCGUCAACAUUGGUCUUCCAUUAAUCGUCAUCAUCCCCGAGUCCAAAGCCGUCGAUCCCAACUCCAAAUAUCGCGGUUUGCGAUUGGCGACAACGUGGGUUCGUCGCGGACCACCAGACGUCAAAGACGAACAGUGGAAUCACAUUUCGAAAGCAACAGAUGUCCAGGCUUGUAUCCACGCCAAUGUCAUGAAUGUUGACGAGGCACUUAUGCUUGAUCUUCGCGGCUUUGUCAAGACUUGUAACUCUGUUAAUUUCUUUAUCGUGAGGGGUGAUGAGAUUUGGGCGCCGACGAAGUAUAAUCAGAUGCAGGGAAUUACGCGACAAAAGACGAUCGAUGUUUGUCGCGCGAAUGGAAUUACUGUCAAAGAGUUGGAUUUUACACUCACGGAAGUUUAUGGUGCGGAUGAGGCAUUUUGCACUGGCACGUUUCCUUCGCAGAUUCAUGUGACGGAGGUUGAUGGAAGAGUCAUUGGGGAUGGGAAGAGAGGACCUGUCACGGAGAGGAUUCAGCAACUGUAUGCUGAUCUUGUGAGGAAAGAUGUUGAAAGAUCGAGGGAGGAAAUUCGUGCAGAUGUCACAAGUGGGAGGGAUUUGAAGUGGUUGCAGUCAAAGUUGUGA